AUGGCAGGUUUUCUGCAACGGUGCAAGGAGGCUAUCGAGGAGAAAGUCGCGUGCAAAGAAGACGGUGUGAAAACCGAGUCGGGUGCCUCCCCCGCCAAGAAGUGGUGUUCCCAGUUCGAGAAACAGUUGUCGAAGCUGAAGGGCAACCUGCAGCUCGUGAAGGCAUCCCUGUGGAAUUUCAUCCUUCAAAGGGAGGUCGUGGAGUACCUCAGCUUCUGGCAGCAGGAUGCUGCAGAUCUUCAGGUCUUGAAGCCUCACGAGCAUCCUGCUUAUGCCGUGCUUCAGUAUCUGGCCUCGGGGAACACAGAGCACAACGAGCUCAACAGGGACCAUCUGGAAAGCUGGUUCGAGCGGUAUGCCAAGAAGCGGGGCGGCACUGCUGUCUUCAAGCCCUUGAAAGACUGUGUCAUCGACUCAGCGUCAUCCGGCGACACCGUCAAGAUCCCGCUGACCUCCCUGUUCCAGUGUCCGGCGGACGGAUUGCCGCCGGUAAGGGACUGGAUAGGAGUAUGGGAAAGCAUGCUGGUGACUGGCACAGACCUCGCGCGGGAGCCGCUGAGUGUGAGCGUUCAGCUCAACGGGAACCACGCACAGAAGCUCGCGACAGUGGCCGUGGACAUCAUCAAGGGCUUCACGAAGGCGAGCUGUUUGGCAUUCUCCUUGGCGAUCCUGGCGGAGCGGGAUCCGGACUCCGAGGAGGACUGGGCCUUGAUCGAGCCCUUCACCAUGCUGCUCGACCGUGCCUUCUUGGUGUCGCUGAACAUGUCAACCGUGGAGCAGAGCUUCUCCAACCUGGCCCUGUCGAUCAUCUCGCUGGCCUUGCGCUUCAACGAGAUAUUGAAGACGAAGUCCAAGCAGGGAGCACAUCCCUCCGGAUGGAACGUGGAACGACGGAUCGAGGCCAUCGUGGAAGACUUUAAUAGCAGCUCCCUCAUGACGUCCAAGUUCGCCCUCGACGGUGAAAAGAUGAGGGCCGUUUGCAACGUGAUUGUAGGGACUUGCGAGGCCAGGGCCUCGAGCGUGAGGUCGUUGCAAACUCAUGCCGUUCCUUUUACUGAGACCCUGAUGUUGAUGCAGUCCCAUCUGCACACAACGAAAUGGAAAGACUCGGCAUUCAGCCACAGCCUCAUCAAGUCCAGCCGAUGGUUGCUGGGCGCCUCCCGACGAGUUGAUCACAACUACAUGCGAAGCCUGCUUCUCGUGACACCAGAGAUCCAGGCUUUCUUCGUGCGCAACCACAUCCUCGCUUUCUUGAGGGCGGGAAAGCGGAUCCGGGCAUCCGCACGGUCGAAAUGCCGACCCCAAACCGAAGACUUCGAGAAAGCCGUCGACUAUUGCUGCAUCAUGUAUCACAUGCUGCAGGAGGCCUCCAAGCAGUUUCCCGCCAAGGACCUCACUUCCUUGAAGCAGGCUGUGGAUAACAGGCUCGUAUAG